AUGAAGACAGGAAAGGGGAAAGAUAAAGUCAAAACAACAAAGGAAGCCUUGAAGCCUGUCGAUGACAGGAAGGUGGGAAAGAGGAAGGCACCCGCAGAGAAAGCUAACAAACGAGAGACUCGUAAAGAGAAGAAGGCCAAAAAGGAUCCAAACAAACCCAAAAGAGCUCCAAGUGCAUUCUUUGUCUUUCUAGAAGACUUUAGGCAAACGUUCAAGAAAGAAAAUCCAAAUGUGAAGGCUGUCUCUGCUGAGAAAGCUCCAUAUGAAGAGAAAGCUGCAAAAAGGAAAGCUGAAUAUGAAAAGCUUAUGGACGCAUACAACAAAAACAUGGAGGAAGGGAGUGAUGAAUCUGAAAAGUCUAGAUCCGAGGUGAAUGAUGAAGAUGAAGCUAGUGAGGAGGUAACACUUCCACAAAAGAAUUAA